AGCACAAGAAACGCAGCGUUUCCAUUUUUUGGAGUGAAAACUCCUUCCUGCGAAUCCUGCGCAAUUCGUCUUCCUCCUCCUCCUCAAUGUAACUCGAAAAUUUUCAUUGUCAAAGAUAUAAGCCGUCUGCAAGAGCUACCCAAACGAGGAAAUUGCAGAAAAAUUCACACCAAUUAUCAAAGUUGUCUGAAACUGCACAUUCAAAGCUACAUCUGAAAGCAUCAUCAAUCAAUGAAGAUGCGAAGAGUGAAGCAGGAGAGCUCAUUCAUGUCCUCUUCUCAUUGAUUUUAUGGCCUCUACUCAGCAACAUCGUUGCGUCUUCGUUGGGAAUAUACCUUAUGAUGCAACUGAAGAACAGCUGAUUCAAAUUUGUGAAGAGGUCGGUCCCGUUGUUUCUUUCAGACUGGUUAUAGAUCGUGACACUGGGAAGCCAAAAGGUUAUGGAUUUUGUGAGUAUAAGGAUGAAGAAACAUCACUCAGUGCUCGCCGUAAUCUUCAGGGUUAUGAGAUUAAUGGUCGGCAGUUGAGAGUAGAUUUUGCUGAAAAUGACAAAGGCGCUGAUAGAAAUCGUGAACAGGGUAGGGGUGGACCAGGACUGGCUACAAAUGUUGAUGCUCAGAAGCAGGUAGGAAGCCCAGCUACCCUUGUGGAUGCAUCAUUUCAUCAGCCAAUUGGCCUACCAAUAGCUAUGACUGCUUCUUCUGUUAUGGCAGGAGCUCUUGGUGGUUCUCAGACUGGUAAGGUAAAUCAAAACGGUUUUCAGAAUCAGUCACUUAUUGGCAAUGACCCUUUAACGCAUCAUCUGGCCAACAUGUCCAGGAGUCAACUGAAUCAAGUUAUACAUGAAAUUAAGAUGCUUUCUAUGCAAAACAAGGACCUUGCACGUCAACUUUUGCUUGUGAGCCCACAGCUUCCAAAAGCUCUCUUCCAGGCACAAAUAAUAUUGGGGAUGGUGACACCACAAAUGUUGCAGAUGCCAAAUCUAAGGCAACAGACCCCAAAUCCAGCUGUUCCAACACCACGUCCUUCAAUGCAACAUACCCUACAGGGACACCGUCCACCUGUUCAGUCUCUUACCGGGUUGCCCUCUUUCACUCCAUUAUCCUCUGUGUCCCAGAAUCCUUUGGCACACAACCAGUUCUCAGCACCAUUGCCACUUCAUCCGCAACUGCGACCUCAGCAACCAAAUCUUAACCAGAUGGUCGCACCAUCACAAAGUACAGUUCCUGCGCAUUCUGGGCUUUCAUCACAUCUCUCUACACGUCCACAACCUCUAAGUGGACUGCAUAUGCCACCUGUAUCUUCCUCUUCAUUUAGGCCUGUUCAAGCUCCACCAUUGCAACAUCCAGGACAUGCUGGUAUUAAAACCACUCAAAAUGUAAACCUUCAGCCUACCUUUCAAAGCCACUCAGAUCCCGGAUAUAAGGUUGCCUCUUCAGUACGCCCGGCUUCGGUGGAGGCUAUUAAAAAGGACACUCCCGUACGUGCAAAAACUGCCAGGGACACAACUUUGGCAAGUCGGACAAACACCUUAAAGAACUUGGCGUCAGUAGCUUCGGUAUCUGAUCAUAAAGAUUCUCAAGAUCAGAUGGUUCGCCCUUCAAAAGUUAUGAAGUUGGAUAAUGAAAGAGGUACUCCUUUCUCAUCUGCUGGAUUAGCUACACCAAGCGCCACUGCCGUUGCAAGUAGCUCUGGUGCAGCUGGUCAAAGCUCUAGCCUAGAAGCGCAGAAUAUAGAGAAACAAGCCCCACAGUUUCCACCUGAUGUAGAUCCUGCUUUGUUGCAACAAGUACUCAACCUUACUCCUGAACAACUGAGUUCACUACCCCCUCAACAGCAACUACAAGUCAUUCAACUACAGCAGAUGCUCAGAUGAAACAACCACUCGAAAGAUCCUCGUCUUAACAUCUCCAAGUUCGUGUGUGGAUAAGGGAGCAGUUUUAGGUUAACACAUACGAGGGCAACCGGCUACGUUACCCGGACUCGAAUACCCAUAUCGGACACGGGUAAUGUGUCCAAGUGUCUGACACAGCUACUUUGUGAAAAAAAUUGCAUGAUUUUGGUCCAAAAUGAAGUGUCGAAUUGUCCAUACCCAUGUCCAAGUGUCGAGGAUCUGACACGGGUAUUUGAGGUAAAAUGAAGAGUGCUGGUAACAGAGCAUCUGAUUCUUUGUAAUUGUUGUGACUUGUGAGCCUUUAUAGAGAAAUAUACAUAAAUCAACUAUAAUCAUUUAUAGACAAAAGGUUAUUUUUUUGUAGUCAUGAAAUUUUGGUACCAAUACUCUUUCCUUUA